AAAUCCUCCUGGAAUGACAGCAGACGUUCCUGCGCUGAUCUGGGAUCAGACCUGGUGAAGAUCGACAGCAGAGAGGAGCAGAUGUUUCUGGAAUCUAAACUGAAGGAGAAAAUGAAGAAGCCUCCAGACGCGUUCUGGAUCGGACUGACAGACUCACAGGCAGAAGGCCGAUGGUUCUGGGUGGACGGGUCACCUCUGGACCCCAGUUUAAGUUUCUGGUCUGAUGGAGAACCAAACAACUGGGCCGGUCAGAACCCAGCAGGAGAGGACUGUGGGAGGAUGGACAAGAAAGGAAACAGUGUAGAUCUGAAGAGUUGGGAUGAUCAUUCCUGUCGUGUUCAACUCAAAAGUAUCUGUGAGAAACCAGCAGAAAUGUGAUUGUUUUUACAAAGUCAAACGUUUAAGACGUUUUCUUUCUGUCUGGACUGAAUUAAGAUGCAAAAAAUCAGAUUUAAAUUUAGACCUUUAAUGUACUUUCAGAUGAUGUGUUAUUGCUGACUGGAGAUUUAUAAAUAAACAGAAUAGAAAAUAAAAUCCUGCUGCUAUAAAUGUUAUUAAUCCUUUAUUCCUUUAUUAUUAUGAACAUUAUGCUUCAAAAUCCAAACAAAACAUUUAUCAUAACUGAACACCAGUAGGGAGGAGUGACUGGUGCAACUGGGUCAGAACAGCUGGUGGAACUGGGAGCUGCAAUAACUGGAGUAACCGAGGACAUCUAGAGGCCAUUACAGGAACUACAGGCUAAACAAACAGGAAAAUAAACGCCUAAAUCAGGAUGUCCAAACUUUUUGUCACAUGGUAAAACAUUGUGAUGGCAUAACGAAAAUAUAUCCAAAAAUAUAUUAUUUUAAAUUUUUCUUGCUCAACAAUAAACUAAGGAUAUAAUAAUAAUAACCAGACAAAUUAAUAAUAAUGGGGAUGCAAUGUAGAUCAUUGUUUCUCCAAAAGUGAAAAAGUACUUUGCACAUUUGUCUUUAAGAGAAAGGCAUCCAAACUGUGGGAGUCAGCCAUAAAAACCGGAUUCUAGUCACUUUUUGUAUUUUGACAUAUUUAGAUGUUUAAUAAAUUAAAAGUAGGUUUUGGUGCGCCUAAGUCUAAUUUUGAAUUAAAGUCAUUAAAU